GCUCAGAUCGUGAUCUACUACUGGAAUAUUUGUAAAAAAAAUUUGUCGUUAUUUUUCGUUUUCUAAGUACAUGAUUUAACAAUAUCUGGGGCAUUUUCAUUAGGCACCACUUCAUUCCUGGCAUUUAUUGUCCCUCUUUUGGCCUCCGAAUUGGAUCGGAAUCGGACAUCUUCAGUCGUGAAAGACUUUAAAAAAUUCGAUGUGAAACUCUUGGCUUCUUCGAUAAAAAAGACCAAAGACACGACGACCAUGUCGGACAUCACUACCGUUCGUCUGUUGGCCCCCUACCCUGCCAAAGGGGAUCAACAUUUCAUCCACGCGGCCGGGGGUUCCUGUACUACAGGAACUACUACAGCUACUACCCCACAACCACCUGCGGGAGAUGAAAACAGAAAGUUCAACAAGGACCACGUGGAAGUUCUGACUUCCUACUCCUUAACCGGCGCUGUGGUCCUCGACGGUACAAAAUCGACUUCCCUCACCGGUUUAUCCUCGAGUGCCAACGUCGUUUCUCUGCUGCGGGAGCGUUUAAUCGCCGAAAACGCGGUGCCCUUGCUCGGGAACGAAGAGAUUACAGUGAAGAACAACGGUAUGGAGAGAAACAAGUUUGUCACAGUCACUAACUUGCAGGUUUUGCAGUACAAAUUUUUUCAGCAUCACAAACUUUCCUUGUGUUGCAGAAACACUAGGGAAAUCCCUAAUGAAGUUUGGCUGUGAUGCAUUUUUACGCAUGACAAACAAUUUUGUAUUGCAAGAAUGCGCAUGAGUGAUCGUGACGAACUUUUUUUCUUUGAUAAACGGAUUGGAGGUGGACGUGAAAUUGCUGUUACCGGAGGAGUUUUUUCGCGACGAUAGUGCCAAGAAGCUAGGAGGUGAGAAACCUUGUCUUUCGACGUCCCAAGAUGAAGAUGAAGCCGCGACGACUGGGAAUAAUACCAUCGAAGAGCACGAACCCGAGAUUGAAAAAACCUUGCUCCACAAGUGGCUGGCCUGGCUGGUGCAGAAGGCGGUGGAUGAAGAUAGUGCGGACAAUAUCCUGUGUAAAAAUGUCCCCAUGAUCCCAGAGUUGUCAUGCAGAUUUGCGAUUACAGGAACAUUUGUAAUGCGCAUCGCCAUGAGAGGCAUUUCCAAUCGUGUUUUUGAAUCUGUAAUGCUGUAAACACGGUGAGAUAGUGGCUUUCUCAUGCGGCUUCCCUUGCUAAGCAGACCUACACUUCUGCAGAUGGAAACUUGUCAUGCACAACUCCCAAACCUUGGAGAUUUGUGUUGCAGAUUUACCAAUUUGAGUUUGACUACGGGGUGGGGGCAUUUUUCCUCUCAAGAGAGAAAGUGGGAAAAUGGACGGAUCUGGCGGAAGUGGAGCUUUUAUUUUGCUACCAGUAUGGCUGCUCCUUUGACAAAACGAACAAAAUCGUGGACAAUUUGUCCUUGCUACAGCUACUAAAACUCUUCCCGAAGUGGUUUCAGAUCAGCGAGACAGGACAGGAAUUGCGGUUACUGGAAAAACCGGCGGUAUUCGUUUAAUGGAGUUUUUUCUAAUGGUGAUCGUUUAUUCCAUGCGCAUGUAUAAAUGCACCUUCCAGCAUGCUAGUUUCUAGCACGAUCGCAAAUUAUCCAAAUUCUAAUUGACGACUCGAUUUUCAGGUCGCUCCCACGGUUCUUUCUACCGCCGCGGAACCCGAGCCGGAACUUGUUUCACCGCAUGACAAACCGUCGUCACUCAAGGUCGAUUUGGACCAAACUUUGGGCGACAAUUCCUCCGUGCCCGACCUGUCUUCCUCCGUCAGCAGCAACAAGUUCCGCCCGCCGCCCGGUUUGGAAGCCUUGAGUGCAACAUCCAGUUUGCCGAAGAUCAUUAACUUGGAGAACGAGAAAACUAUUCUUACUGGUUCCAACGAUGAUGAUACAACGAAUUUUGUCGCUACAACUCCCCGCGCAGCUGGUCUCCGCCCGACCUCGCUUUCCCAGGGAACUUCGGGGUUCUUCGGCACUCCGCCGCCGCUAUCACGCAGAAAAAAGCAGGCAGGUCACAUUUGUAAUGCAAAAAAUCUGUAUUGCAUAUCCCAAACAGCAUGCUAUGUGGCCUCCCAUGACAGAUUUUUCUGUGUUUUCUUAUUUUUGCAUUACAAAUCUGACCUGCCUGCUUUUUUCUGUGGGAUAGCCGCCCCCUCCGCUGCCGGAGGACGGAUUUUCUUCGGAUGAGGAGGAGUAUCAAAUGUAAAAAUGUCUGGGUCUGGAAGAUUGCCGGGUUUGUCAUGCACAUUUUGCAUGACUCCUCAAGUCUGUGAUGCAUGCCCUAGCAUCACAGAUUUUUAGAGGGCUUCCUGAUGCCUAUUCCGCAUGACAAAUGCUCUUUCCGUGCUGCAAAAUUCGGACUCUCUUUGCUGCUCAUGCAAUACAGAUUUUUUUAGAAUCCAAAAUCAGCAUGACAAGUUGGAUUCUUCCAGACCCAGACAUUUUUACAUUUGAUAACGAGGAGGAGUUGUCUGCUUCUAAGGGAACGGCAUCGAAUCUGAAUCUGUCGAAUAAGCAGACAUCCCUCAAUGCCGCAGCGGAACCCUUUACCAUGCCACAAGCGCCACAUGCUCAGGCGGGACGUGCAGCGAUGUCGAUGAAAGAAACCGCAUCGCAGGUGGCAGCAGGGUUGAGUUCUUUACCGGAUUUCCACCACCAGCACCACGUGCACCAAUACAACAAUCAUUUUCCCGGCAGUUCCUUCGCCUGUAACAUUGGCACCAUGCCCGGAUCCUCCUUGCUGCACUAUCCGCAAACGCCCGGGCCGCCGCCCCUAGCGGGACCCCUGCCCCAAUUGCCCUACUACCUCAACGCCGGUGCUGGUGCAGCUAACGCGACCACCUCCGGAGGAGAUCAACAGUCCGCGGCACGAAAGCAAGAGCUACAGAUGAAACCUGGUGUAGUCGUGCAGCAGCCAACAUCUACCAGUACUACUUCUACCACUCACGUGCUCGUCGCCACCGAUCCUUCGUUCACCGGGAUGGCUUCGACCUCCGCGGCGGCUGCUGGGAAUUACUCUCCGUCGCAUUUACAGUACCAUGGUCACGUGCAUCCGGCGCCGCAAAUGCAGCUCUUCGGCGGUUCCAUUUUCACGUAUAAUAACUGCAACCAGGGUUCUUCUGUGGUGAGCAAUCCGAAUGUUCUUGUCGGAAAUCCACCGGGGACGAGCGCGUGCGGGAAUGGCACAGCCACGACUGUGCAGAACUUCUUUCAGCAAAACUCCAGCUACGUCAGCAAGAAAUACUAUCCGCAGUCUUUACUACCCGAACAUUUGCAGCAUCAACGACGGGCGAAACAGGAGGCGCGACUGACGCAGGAGGAUUUCGCCAUGCUGGCCGACAUCGAUUCGGAUUCCGAUUUAUCCACUGCAAAUAUGUUGUCUUGGACUGGAAGUAGAAAUAGAAUACAGACGUUUGUCAUGCAGGUUCAUCUGCAUCGCGCAGAAGCAGAACCUACCAGAAGGUACUACGGUAUGCAUAGCAUCACAGGUUCUACCGCGAGAGCGGUGCGAUGCCUGUUCUGCAUAUAGGGAUCCGCCCUCAGUUGUGUGGCCAAAUAAUGCGGGAAGCUUAGGCUGCACUCCUCGCAUGACAGAUUUUAGCGUGACUGGCAGAAAGCAUCACAAGUUUUCAUCUUUGCUUUCCAGAGCCAGACAGACUUGCAACCGAUACGAUUGCAGCUCCGAUGCGGACACCUCGGAUGAGGAGAGUACUUCUACUACUUCGAUGUAGUUUUAAGAUUGUAUGUCGGAUCGUACAAACGACAACUCGCAUGACAUUCACAAGCAGAGUUGCAUAGUUGUGCAUGACAAACUUGAAUAAUACCAAGAUGCCGCCCUGGCGCUCUGUGAGCUGCGGCACCGGGCCACGGUCAACUGCGACUCGUUUUUGAAGCUGUUUCAGAACCACUGCUAUGAAUAGCAAACAUGUCUCGGUCUGGAAAGAACUGUUGAUGCUCGAUUGGGGAUUUGAUUGCAGCAGGUUGUCUGAGUGCAGCGAAGCAUGGUAAGUUUUUGAGACCUCAUCCUGACCCUGAGUGCGCAUGACAAACUGCGUUUUUGCAUGACAAAAAGAAGCUGCUGUGCCGUUGCUGGUGAUUGUCAUGUAGUGCAGAUUGUAGAGAAAUAGAAAAGCAUGAGCAGCAAUACAAGUUGCGUUUUCAUCCCAGACCGUUAAACGUGUUUGCAAUGCAUAACCCCGACCUGAAUGUUUUGAGCUACAAGAAGGAGGGGUUGAUCCAGCAUGCGACGAAGUGGAAAGUGGAGGAAAAAGUGACGGUUUAUAUGCAAGAAAAAAACUGUGUAGGUGAAAGUCUGUGAUGCAGAAAAUGCAAAACAGUUACACUUGUCAUACUGGACAUGCAUCAGAGGCUUUUUCCGUACGUGUUUUCACGUACUAGCCGGGCAUGACAGGCUCUCUCUGUCAUGCAGAGCAAACUUGUGAUGCUCUUCCUCCAAGAACGUUACACUAACACAAUUUUUUCCUCUGAUAGUUUACAUCCCAGAACUACCGGCGGAAGGAUAUGGCGCUCUCAAACGUUACAUCCUCAGCUGUCACAUGAAUUUGUUAUGCAAAACUACCAUCAAGAUCCACACGAGCAAGCCGCUUCGCAUGACAAAUUUGCGAAGGGCUAAACAGCGCCGAAAUCUGUGCGGAAUUUGUAAUGCUAGAGGUGCAACCUUCCCCUUGGACUUUUGCUAUUCUUGCAUUGCAAAUUCGUGUAACAGAUGAGAAUGUAACGUUUGAGAAUGCCAUAAAGGAACCCGCUCCUACAUCUGCUUGCCGAUACUCUGUAUACAACUUGUUUGUUCAUCUCUGAAGAUCAUCUACUUUUCGCUGACCACGUUAAGGAGGAGUAUUGCUGGGUGUCUUGCGGGCGCGCAUGAGAAAGAAGACCUUUGAUUAGAUGAUAUGCACGACAAAUAAGACGAAACACUUUGAGUGAGGUAACAAAUUCCUCCGUUAAGUUACCGGGUAACUUAGCGUCCGGCCGGCCGCCGGACGCUAAGUUACCCGGUUCCCGGGAUCCGGGAUCCGGAGAACGGAGCGGUCCGAUCCGCUGGAACGGGCUGGCGGUUGGGAACCGGGUAACUUAACGGAGGAAUUUGUUACCUCACAAUUUAAUAUCAGAUGAAACCGUCGCCCGAGGAAAGUUGGAAAAGGUGAUCAUGCAGAAGACGCGAUGCGGCAUACAGUCAGUCAAUAUCGAAAAAAAUUGUGUCUAGUGCAGCAAAUGGUAAUGAAAAAUCGCUCUACUUGCAGAAAUAGCGCCAUGUAGCGUGAAAAGUUGGAGCCGAGUGCAUGUACUCGCACCGCAGGUCAAGUUUCCCAGCGCUAGACAGAGGAAUCGUUCUUCUUUUUUCCUGUGUAUUCGUAUUGGAAAAAGGAGGACACUUUAUCUGUCGACGUACACUGACACAUUUUUCGCUGCCAUACUGGAGCACGACGAGAACGGGAUCUAUGUGGAGAUUGAACUGUGCAAGAAUCAGCACGAGGCCUGGGUUUCCUUGCAGCUACACAUCACCUUUGCCCCACCGGAAAGCAGCGCAGCGUACAUGUGAGUAAGCACAGACCCGGCUUUGUUUUCCAACGGCACGUGAAAAACAAAAGGAAAAAGCUACAAGUUUUGGGACUAAUUUUUCAAAAACGUCAACGUGAGAACAUCGGACACACGUGCCAGGAUUUGGAAGUGAUAGUAACCAAUGAGAUCGCUUUGAAGCGAUAUAUUGUAUUCUUGAAUCGUCUAACUCCAGCUAGCAUCCUGAGCAGGUCGUGUGAGUAGCGGUACUAACUCUGAAUGUCACUAGUAUACUUGCCUCUGUCGUGAACGGCUGCGAAAUGAAACUGUAAUGAAAGACCAACAGGUAGAGGUCCGCUCUAUGUUUGCCUCCGAAGAUGAAAUGCAAGAAGAAACAAGAAAUAGAAUACACAAGGACUACUGGACGGCCGCGUAAUAUUGUGUCGAUAAUUCUUGCUACCAAGGACAAAAUCUUCUAGCGAAACUGCGGAGUCCUACACCGACUCUGCUGUUGAUGUAUGCGUAGCAACCUUCCCGCUUGCGACUUAUCAAUUUCAACUCCAGCAGAGCCGGUAACAAUUAAAUCAACAAGGCCACGUCGAUUUUAUUGAGAAUUCGAGGGUUUCCCACUUUUCUCAUCACAAUUUUGAGAAUACAUCAACCCGUAGCCGCAGCAACCAAGAAUGUCUGUAUCGUUCGCGGAGAAAAAGUUGGUGUGCUGGCCGUACUACUUCUAUUUGAUUUUGCCGCUAGGUAGCAUUAGUAGCCGAUAUAGCUAUAGGUUAUUUUCUCUGACCGAUAAGUGUGAUGAGUCCUCUUGUCUUUCUGGAAGAAACAAAAAAGCAAGAGCGAGAGCAACGGAAAGAGUGGUGCACAAU